CUUUUAAAAAUUAAAGUCACCAUGUCAUAGACUUUCAGCAACUUUAUGUCAUGUUAUGUUACUAAUCUUUAGAACAACCUUCUGUGUUAUUGGUACCACUUUAAGAAUGUGAGACAGUGAAAUUCCCGCCUUCUCCAGAUUACACAGCUAAGAAAGUGAUGGAGGCAGAAUUCAGUUCUAGAUAUAUUUGUCCUCCAAAGUCUCUUCAAAGACAAAUCCAUGAGAAAAAAUACGAACUUUCUUCCUUGUGUAAAAGGCAGACAAUUGGAUUUAUAAGAUUAUGUAUGAGACAUUUAAGGUAAGGUGUUUCUAAAUUACUGUUCACUUUUAAUCACUCAAAAUUGUUUGCAUAAAUGGUGAAAGGGUAAGGCAGCACAAAAGUGAACCCUCAUUACUGCCAGAGGCAUUAAAAAAAACCCUGCCACAUUCAAGCCCUUGUGACAGAGUACAGAUUUGGAGAUGACUACAGAAUAGUUUUCUCUGCUGAUAAUUUUAUAACUAAAGUAAAAGAGGCUCCAAGAGGCCAUUACAUUUGUGAAGUCAUAAAAAAUGUUACUAACAGAAGCAGGGCUUACAAUAUGGCUGUGGCGAACCAUUUCUCUUCAACUAAUUCAGACUGCUUUAUGGAGUAGAUGAACAGAUCUGUGUUUUUAAGUGGGCAGGGGCUCAAAUGUUAUUGAGCUUAGGCUUAGAAGAUCUGGAAACCCUUUAUUUCAUCACUUGUACUUAUUAAGACCAAGGUAAGAUUUGGAAGGGAGAGCAGUGGAAUGUUCCAGGCUCAUGUAACUUUGGAGGUGUGGGUGACCAAAGCAGGAAGAGGCAGCGGUGGGCCCCCUUUAGCUCCUGACAUAUGAAAGUGAGUGUGAGAAGCCCAGAAUUAUUCCAGAAGAAUGUAAUAAUUGGGCCCCUUGAACCUUUGCCCCUGGCAAGUUCUCAGCCAAAGGAUCCCAGGAACACAAGCCUUUCUACUCUCCUGGUCUUGAAGGUUAAGGAGGCAGAAGCUUUAGACUAACAUGAAGUGCUGGGAGCAGGGAUGUGGUAAUAGGCAUAAAAGGUAACCCCCCACCAAGAAACGAGCGUGGCUUCAGCAAAGGGGGUGUAAAUGAUAUGGGGAGACAGUAAUGAUGAAACAGGACCAGAGACCAGGCCCAAGCAGAAGCCAAGUAGGGUGACUCCAACAGAAGCACUCUAAGGCAAGUUGUGAGUGCAGCAUCCCAGAGAAGCCUGCGUAGGUUGCACGUGGCACCUGGCUUCUACUCCUCACUCAGGGCCUCAGCCUGAACUCCCAUUGUCCCUAUCGAGUGGGCCGUAUAGCCUACUGACAUAACCAGAGUCUCAACCACAGACCACAGUGUCCUGGGUUCUGUGUGAAACUUGCUGUCUGCAAUUGUUGCUAGACUUCCUGUUUCUGCCUGCCUGCUGUCCUGCUCAGUAUGUGCUCUCGUCAUCCUUGUUUCUACCUGGCCAGCUGUAUGCUUCCUCCGCAAUGUGCCAACUGCCAGCCGCACACUCUCCUCAGACCUCUACAAUCCUAUCCACCCUAUCAACCUCCUCCUUCCCUUCCUUCCUUCCUUCCUUCCCACUCUUCUUUUCCUCCUUCUGUCCUUCCGGACAGGGUUUCAGUUGUGGCUCAGGUGGCUUUUGAAAUUCAGAUUCAAGUGAUCCUACCUCGUCCUCCCAUGUAGCUCAGACUACAGGUACAAGCUACUGCAUCUACCUCUUGUUUCUUUGAUUGUAAAGUUCCUUCCAUGUCUUGACCCCCAAAUUGCUUAUAAUACUACUUCUCCAUGUCUUAAUACUUCUGAAGUGAGGUCUUAUGUUUCCCUGGUUGACCUUGAACUUCAUAAGUAGUUGAGGAUGGUUUUGAACUCAUCCUCCUGUCUUUACUUCCUAAGUGAUGGGUUACACAUAUGCAUCAUUAUGUACAGUUUAUAUAGUGAUGGGGAGACAAACACACACCUUCAUGAACGGUAGGAAAUCACUCUGUCAAUUGAGCUACAUCCCUUGAUUAUCAUCUAUGGGGAUCAUGACUGGUGCUUCUGGUAUGCAGUGAGAAAUGACCAGGCAACUGAUAAACAUCCUCCAGUGGCUAAUGUAAAUAUUAGGAUGGAUUGAAUGGACAGGAAUUCUGGCAAUUGGGAGCCCAGGAAUACCACACAGUCACCAUAAACACAGCAGCUUCCAGCCAUGCUCCAGGGAAAGGUUUCCCCAGUGUAACAGCUCUGCUUUGGCGGGAGGGCGGGAGGACGGAGAGAGGUGGGGCUUCCCCAGCAUUUCUUUCACAGGCUCUCAUUCCAGGGACAAAGUGUGUUUCUUUGGCACUGGUUUGGGGGCCAGGGUGUGUUUCUUUGGUUCUGGUUUCAGGGACAAAGUGUGUUUCUUUGACUGGCCCUUUUUUCCUACAGCUAAGACAGACACUAACGUAAAAAUUUCUCUAAGCAUUGCAGGACAGAUGGAAAGGGAUUCUGGCAGUUGGAGCCCAGGAAUAUUACACAGUCACCAUUCCAAUAUAACAGCUCUCUACUCCAGCAGGGGAGGGUUUCCCCAGCAAAGUGGUUACAGUUCUGCUCAGGUCCCUGGGAGUUUAACAACUCAGCUCUGCUAGGGGAAGGUUUCCCCAGCGAAAGCAUGAAAAGAAAAAACGUUACACUUCUGCUCUGCUCCAGGGAAAAUUGUUCCUUCUCUGUUCUACUCCAUUCAGGGAUGGAUGGUCUCACCUCACCCAAACCACAUUCAGGAGAUUUUGUAAGCAUUUCGACAGAUCGGAUGGAACAAGUAUUCUGGAACUCGGGAGUCACAGAAUACUGAGUUUUACACAGCUCAGAGAGAAUGUAUCCUGGAGCUCAGGAGCCAAGAAAUACCACAAGCCACAUUUCUUCCACCAUCAGCAUCCAAUUGUCCUCAGCAUGGGCGAACAGAACAACUCUUCUGGGAAGGAGCUUCAACACAGGACACGAGCAGAAGUUCCAGGAAAGAAAAGCUGGCACUCGCAGGCCUACACCCUUGGGGCCAUUUCCAACUUUGUGUCUACUUUUCUGACCUUUCCUAUCUAUAAGGUUGUGUUCCGGCAGCAGAUCCAUGCUAUGGCAGUGUCAGAGGCUGUGCGACAGCUUUGGCAUGAAGGCCCUCAGUACUUUUACCGGGGCAUCUACCCCCCUCUUCUUUCCAAGACCCUGCAAGGGACUCUGUUAUUUGGCACUUAUGAUAGUCUGCUGGGCUUUCUCUCCCCGGUUGGGCCACACUCCCUUGGACAGCGCUGGACUGCAGGGCUCAUGUCUGGUGUGGUAGAAGCUGUGGCACUCAGUCCCUUUGAAAGAGUACAAAACGUGCUGCAGGAUGCUCGCAAGCAAGCUUGCUUCCCUAGCACCUUCAGCAUUCUCAAGGAAUUCAAUUCUUAUGGGCUUUGGGGGCGGCUGUCCCUAGGCUAUUAUCGUGGUUUCUGGCCAGUCCUUGUCAGAAACAGCCUGGGAAGUGCUCUCUAUUUCUCCUUCAAGGACCCAAUCCAGGAUAGCUUGGCAAGGCAAGGCCUGCCCCACUGGGUUCCUGCUUUGGUGUCUGGUAGUGUCAAUGGAACAAUCACCUGCCUGGUCCUGUAUCCUCUGAUUGUGCUGGUUGCCAAUAUGCAGUCUCAUAUUGGAUGGCACAGAAUGCCAAGCCUAUGGGCCUCUGCACAAGAUGUGUGGGACUCUCGAGGUCGAAAAAUACUCCUGAUUUAUAGGGGAGGAUCUCUGAUCGUUCUCAGGUCCAGUGUGACAUGGGGCCUCACUACUGCUAUCCAUGACUUCUUGCAGAGAAAGGCUCACAGCAAGAAAGAGAUGAAAGACUGACUAAGGAAGUGUGACCAUGGCAUCUUUGUUGUCAGUCUUUACUUGUUGGUUGUGUAUAGUGUAUUUCUUUGGCUUGGUUACCUAAUACAACCAUUUAGUACCUGUAAUUUGUCACUGCAUGGGAGAAGCUCCUAACUUUCCACCUGUUAGUCAUAGACAAAGCCUAUCGGGACUCCUUAGUCAAAGAAACAAUGUCUCCCUGGUCUAUACACAGCUUCAGCAGCUUCAGAACCUGGAGCCUUUAGCAAGCUGUAGCCCAUAUUAAAAGUAAUUCUUUUAAGGAACUGUUUUAGUAAGAGGAAACUUUAAAAGAAGACCCUACUUGGGUACUGUGAGUCUGGGGUCCUUCUACCUGGCCUCCUGACCAAACUGAGUGGAACUCCAGUUUCAACGAACUGUACUAGACUUCGAGGAAAACUUCCGAGAUGCCUAUAUUUGCCUGACAUUGCUCACUGCCUCUACCACAGCCACUCUCACGUCAAGCUAUGGGUCCCACUUUCCGGGUACCUGCUCUGAUGACAAAUCCUCGAUUAGGCCCACUUCAGCCCAUCAGGUGCCCCAAGAACUGAUGAUGAUGAUGAUGGAAAUGGGAAUGAGAAGAGAUUUGCUGCCUGGAUAGAAAGAAUAAAGACUUUGAAGUAAGAGAUUUAAUUAAUUUAACUUCAUGGCAAAUAGAGAAAAAUAUUAUGGUUUGUAUUAUCUGUUAGGAAUAUAUAUAUGUAAAAUGAUUACAUUGCCUACAAACCAUUUACGUUUCCAUGAGAAACCUGGACCAACAUGACCAUAUCUCUUCACAAUUAAUUGCUACUUUUGUUGAUGUGGACAACUAUAUAGUAACUACAACAUAGUGAUCUCAGCCUAUCAUUCAAAGCCAUUGCUAAUAUGGACCCCAUAUAAUUUUCUGCAUAUUAUUACACCAUAUGCAUGGACUGCAUAUGUCAGCCAAAUGCAGUGCUUUUCUCUCCCCAAACAUCCCAUGAUCUUACCCAAGGCCAUACUCGGCCCCACACUGUCUCUCCACUUGCACUGCCCCCUACACACUAAAAGGCCUCCAAUUUCCAAAAGUCCAGCUCCAAUGCUACUGUCUAUAUGGAGCCCCUUCUCUAUAUUCCCCUGCCUGAAUGUGACAUUAGUUUUGUGAACACCCCGUUCCAACAGUUCAUCAACGUGCACUGAUUCCACUAUGUCACUGAUCCCAUGUGGCCCUAUGUUCUUGCUUUUCUUCAGUACCUCCUACUAGACUGUAAACUUCUUGAAAGCAGGGAUUCUUGUAUGCAUUUUUAAAAUUCUCCAUUGUGCCUAGGUGCUCAAGAAAGUUGGUGAAUUAUUGAAUUAUCAAGCUGUGAUAUGGUCUAUAUCCUCAGGGUGCUAUCCCUAUUACAUGAAGAUAAUGUUACUGACUCAUUGUCAAUAAGACACAUGCCUUUGGGAUGUGUUUGUUUUCUUUUAAUAGUGGAUUUAGUUUUGUGCUAAUGAUGCCAAUGAUAACAAUGACAACAAUAAUAAAAUUACCUUCAACCAGA